AUGGAGCUAUUUUUCGUGCUACACGACAACUUUGCAGUCGAACACGAUGAUUUCCAAACGAAAUUCGAUUAUCAGUCUAUAUUAGAUCAAAAAAAGCAAAAAAUCAAUGAACAAUGGAAAAUCAUCAAUGAAAAUCAGAAAAUCUAUUUUGAAAAUGGAGAAAGACUUGUUGGUCGUGGAGCAAGCAGUCUUCAGUCGUUGGGACUUGAAGAUGGCACACAACUGAUAGUUAGACAUGGUCUGGAAUCGACUUGGUCUGCUGUAUUAGAUCGUGAAUCAAGUGUUCUGCAAGAGCACAAAGAUCAUCUGAAAAAAGAAAUAUACGAAGAUGCAAAACGAAUGAUUGAUAAUCUGGUAAAAGCUCAUUUCUUCACUACUUUCCCGAAAUUGGGGGACCGUCGCUUUGUCAUUGAGAAGAAGUUCCUGAAUUCUUUCGAUCGCAAAUCGGAACAGAUUGGAAAAUCGUGUCAGAUACAUUUCAAGAAAGUGUACGGAGAGCAGGUAAAUAUUACCUUCGGAUCACGCGAAGACGGUACCCGGGCCGGUUGUGUCUGCAUUCUUGAUGAUGGAUCGACUAUUAGCAAAUACUACGUGAUGACACAACAUGGAGCGGGAGAUCGAUCAACAAAUACACGACAUAAUAUCGAUCUGAAAGAGCUUUUCGUAUACAAGUUUCUCCAGGAACUCAAUAUGGGAGCAGUUAUUGAUUUUGUUCACGGCGAAAUUUAUUCCAGACGGAUAGUUUACAUCGCUAGUAAAGAAAUUGCUGGUUUCAAGACCCUUGAUUAUAUUCAACUUGCUCAACCGGGAACUGUCGAAGAGUAUAUUGAAUGUGUUAAUCAGAUGCUGUUCGUGUACUCUGUGUUGAUGCUGGAGGACCAUCAUACAGCAAAUAUGGGAUGUGAUAAUGGGCACAAUCCGUUUAUUGUUGAUUUCUUGAUAAUCGGAAGACCUAUGAGUAGUGUGAACGACAUUCACGAAGGAGUGCGCAUGGAUAUUAGUUUCAAUGCGUUGCUCGGAACAUUCGACUAA